AUACAACCCAAAGAAAAAACCCUAGCAUUUUCUCAAAUUUUCUGUUUACCCAGUGUCUCGGAUCUAAAGAACCCAGCCACCCAUCUAUUUUUUGCACCGCCGAAAGGAUCCCACCUGCAGCGGCGACGGCGGUUAGUUAUACAACGGUGACGGUUGCUUCCAAGCUUACUGCUAUUUCAUCCUCUCCUCAAGCAGCUCUAGAAAAAAAGAAAAAAUGGGUAUAAAGUUUCUUGAUUGGUAUUUGAAGAUUGCUGUUGGAUCUGCUCUGAUUGGAGGUUCAAUGGAGUUGUUCAUGAUCAAGACUGGUUUCUAUGACAAGGUGACUGUUCUGGAGUCGGAGAAGCGAGCUUGGGAAAGUUCCCCUGAAGCUCAAGCAAUGAGAGAAGCUCUUAAUCCUUGGAGAAAUCCUGAUGCACAAGAACGAAAAAAUCCCUAAUGGAGCAACCUCUAGAAAUGGGUCUUGAUGCUGUUUUAUUUGUUUUGAAUAAUAGAUUUUCCCAGCAUGAAGUUUGAUGUACAGCAAAAUACAUUUGCUGGCGUCAAGAACGGACCGAUCCUUCUGAGCUUUGAUGCCUAUUCUGAAAUAUAGUUUGAGUAGAAACUCGCUUAUUGCCUCUCUUGUAGAAUAGUUUUAUUGACUGGUAGGUCAAAUUUUGGAACUACUAUAGUUAUGAAGCUUGAUUGGUGUGCCAUUUAUCCUAAAGAUUACUAAUACUACUUUUGGUUUCUUCCUUUCAUACUUUAACUUAUUUAUCUGUUGGUUUAAAUCAAAUGUUUAGACUGAUAAGGUGUCUGAUAUGAACGAAACAUGGUUGAUAAUGUUUAGAGCGUUCCGGUAGUUAAGAACAUCACAAUCUUUUUUGUCAUCGAUUUACUUUGAGAUAGGUAUAACAGAUUUGUGUCUUCAUUGGUAGUAUUUUGCAGAGGGCAAUUUGAUUGGUUAUUUCCCAAAAAAUAUCUGAUAAUGUUAGUUUUACACUUCCAAAUAACCAAUGAAAAGAAUAUUGAAAUUCAUCCUUGAACUUUGCUUGCAAACAUUGCAUGGCUGUGCAAGUAUUAUUACUUGAUGCUGCAAAACUAAUCCAUAACAGAGGAUCAGAGACUCUUUACCCUUUAUCUUAUCCCUAAAUAUCCAUCCAAUUAUGUGAUUGUCAAGGAGUAAGCAGAACAUUGAUCAAGUAAAUGUUCAAGUAUGUAUGACUGCUAAUUUGCUUCAUUUGGUCAUCCUGAGCUAUCAUCUGUCAUCCUAAAUUGCAUGCUCACCAGAC